AUGUCAAGGGCAGCUGGGACCCUCUUUGCUAUACCAGUUGGCUUCUUCCCGGAGGAGGUCCUGUCUGGAGGCUCGGAGGCAGCGUCGGGGGACUUUGUAGGCCCUUCGACUGCGGUCACUGUUCCUCUGGUGUUCGAAGAGGAGGACGGUACGGAGUCUCAGACUGGGUUGGAGGCGGAAGUUUUGUUGGUCGAUCUUCACAAGAUGGUGAUGGACUUUGUCAGGGGUUUCGACCCAGUCACAGAGGGGCCUGGGAUCCAAGCCUUCUCUAUAGACAACCCCGACCUGGUUCCCGACGGAAACUCCCUCAUGAAGGAGGUCUACUCGUGGUUGGAGUCGGCUACAGAGGGAAGAGCCCAAUACUACUCUGCAGAGGAGCCCCCGCCGCAAGCUGUGAUUCCCAAACAAUCUCGGCAGAAGAACAGGGCUCCAUUUGGUGGGGGUUCCCCGCCGAAGAGAGUGACUACGGCGACGUUGGCCGAGCAACUAGCAGAGCUUUCCAAGAGUAUCCAUGCUACAUCGUCCCAAUUGGAGACUAUGGCACAGCGGCAAGACCGGAUGGAGAACCUGCUCGCAUCCCCUGCAGCUCCUGCCCAGCUCCCGGUUCCAGCGCACCAGCGCCCUUUCCAGACGGCCCUUUCGACCCUGGUGGCACACUUGGUAAACCAGGAUGGUUUGGCAGAUUUCCCUGGGACUGGCAGUUCAUCAGCCAUCUCCCUGAAGGGGUCGGCCAAGAGAGACAAGUUGAUGAUGGACCUGGCUAUGAGGAAAGGCGAUUUCUUCCUGAAAGUGUCUCAGAACGCCUUCCGUCGCCUGAAGCCUACGGAGAAGAUGCCAAGGACUCUGGAGGAAUUUGCUGGCAGACCGAUCUUUGCAAAGUAUGCGGAGAGGAGUGGCGGCUUCUCUGGCCAGAGAGAUUUUGGGCUGAUGAUGUGGCUUCUAUGUCAAAUAGGAGAUGCUAUGCUGAAUGGGGACAACAAGGGAGCCCAGGAGUUGCUUGCUCUGACCAUGGUGACGAUCGAGCAGGCGGCCCAAGACAAUGGCAAGUGGGAGGUUGCGUGGAUCCUUUCGCUCCAGGAGGAUCCUCCGCCUGGCCUCUUCAUGGCAAGGCCAGCCUCGACGAACCCGAGGCUCAGGGCAUUCUCUCCACUAUGCCCGCCAGAAUGGGCGGCAACUGCGUUGUCCUUUGUCAAGGAGGUGGAUAUCAUCAGCACUCGGCGCCAGGAGGCUCUUCCAUCGAAGAAGACUCAGAAGCAAGGGGAGGAGACCGACAAUCCCAAGAAGAAGCCGCAGAGGAGGUGUGGCUCCAGGCAGAGAAGGAGACUUAUGGUUGAUCGAGCCUUCCAUGUCUGCAUCAUGGCCUUGAACUUUUGGCACGCUGACUUCAAGCACAUUCCUGUGGAGUCAAUUGCCAAGGAGCCUUCACCAGCCCAAGCACAGGCACUGGUCAAUUUGAAGAGGAUGCUAAGGGCAUUCGGUAGCUCCUCGGAAGAGUUUUCUGUUCCAAAGAGCGGCCGUAGAUUGACAUCUUUGAUUGCGCUCCUCUCUGACCUUUCUGAGUUUGCUACAUGGAGAGGCAUUGGAGGCAGCGCCUACUCUCGAUCCUUCCCAGGAGCAUCAGACAUCAACAAGAAGGAGACCUACGUGCCUAGGAAUCUUUCGCGGGCGGAGGAGCUUCGUCCAUACCGUGCUCUUGACCCCGAUAGGCUGGUGCUGUCAGGGAAGGCCUCAUGGGACCCAGACAGGUUCCUUUCGGACAUGCUUUGGAUGGCUUUUCAAGAGCCAAAUUCACUUCUUUGGACGGCGUCGGAGAGAUCUUCGCUGGUGCCGGACUUAGCCAAAGAAUCAUAUGAAUCGGUGAAGGACCUUGCACUACUUUGGGACAUCAAUGGUCUGCUACAUCUGGAGGAGGCCAGGGAGGAGGAUGACCCUACACUUGCAAUGAGGUUCUUCAACUGCUACAAGAAUGAGACGACUGACCGCAUGAUUGGAGACCGGAGGUCAAGAAACUAUGUGGAAGGUCGCCUAGCCGGGGUUUCAUCCGGUUUACCGUCAGCUCAAUGCCUCUUUGACCUUGAAGUUGAGCUCCCAGUACAACGCAUUUCAAUAUGCGCCUCGGACAGAAAAGACUUCUACCACCAGCAUGGAGUUCCUGCUUCUCGGGCGAAGACAAAUCGACUCUAUCCUCCACUUCGCAUCUCCGACCUCAAGGGCACCAAAGCUUUCCAGGCAUGGGCCCUUAAGCGACUUGGAGGGAACCGCUAUGAUCGGGCUCUGGAAGGGGAUUUCCUAGCCUUUGGAGGAAAGAAGCUCAAGAAGGCAGUUGAGGGAGGACUGGUCAACGCUUGUCUCCUGACUGCUGAAUCAGAGCUCAGAGCGGACUGCCCCUUCUAUGGCUCGAACCUUGCCACGGGCCUUGUCAUUGAUGACUACUAUGCGGUCUCGGUUGAGGAGAGCAGCUGCCCUAAGUGGGAUCCUAGCCAAGCAUGGACUGGAGGGUCACAGGCGGCACAAUUGCUUCAGAAGGCGACCGCUGCGUACGAGAAGGUUGCUCGAGAGAAUGGGGUGGUCACUGUCGGUGCUCCUGUUCACAAGCGUCUUGCUCUUGCCUAUGUUUCUCUUACCUUGGCGAAGAUGAGGUACACUACUGAUGCUCUCCACGCUUGUUUGGUGGGUGGAUGGGUGAACGCCGUGCUAUACAGGAGACCGGCAAUGUCACUUCUUCAGGAGGUCUACAAGAUCCCACUGUCGGAAGUGUCUCAGGACUCGCCGAAGGUGACCCGGUUGUCAAGAGGAAUGGCGCAGGAGCUCAUCAUGUUGUCCGUGCUCUGCCCUUUCUUCGCUACUGACAUUUCCACACAUAUUCAGGAGCGGUGCUAUGCCACUGACUCGUCAGACGCGAAGGGAGCUGUGGUCUCAUGUGAGGUGCCUUUGAAUGUUGCUAGGGCCAUGGUGCGUACUGGCAGGAAGAAGACGACCUACACGAGGAUGCUGGCAAGGCAUGAAGCUGUUCUCAAAAAGAUUGAUGCUGAUUUUGAGGAGACCUACGUAUCGAGUGAGGAGUUCGCAGAGGACUCCUUCAUUGCUCCCGACCGACCAAGGGCCUUUCGCUUUCACUUCAUUGAGGUUUGUGGAGGUUCUGGAAAGGUCACGAAAUACGUUGACGAACUUGGCUGGGUAGUUGGACCUGUGCUGGACCUUGAUCGAUCUCCAGCUUACGAUUUUUCAGCUCUGCGCUUGCUUCAAUGGAUUUACUUCAUGUUGGAGGAUGGCAGGUCGUUAGCUCUUCUACAGCUCGCCGCCGACUUGAACACCCCUGGAACGUUCAUCGAUGAAGAGACCGGCUUGCAGGAGUUGCUGGCGCUGUCAAAGACGAAUGGACUUCGAAGGUUUGCUGCCAACUGGCUUCGAUUGGUCUUGCUUCUGAUCGGAGGAAUCCCUCCCUGGUUUGGCUCAUCAGAAAGCUGGCGCUAUGGGCAUGUUGCUUACAAACACUUUCCCUUUGGAAGCACUCGGCCUAUCCAUCCCCAGAUCAUGGACUUCGACAGCUCAAUGGGCUAUCCUGGCGAAGGACCUCCGGUCAUUCCCCAAUGCCUGGCAGCAAGAGCAGCUGGAAGGGGAGACCUCGAGCUUCCCCAGGGGAGACCUGUCCUCCCUGAGACACAGAAGCAACGAGACAAGCUCCUUGGCUAUUUUUCAGACUGGCUUAGGGGCCAUGGAUUUGAGCUGGAAGAAAUUUUGAUGACAGCCACACCUGACCUCGAGACCUUGAACACGUUGGUUGAAAGAUACGGGCGUGAGCUCUACAGGUCAGGACGUCCAUAUGGACAUUAUUCCGAGACGCUCAAUGCGAUCUCGGGAAAGAGACCACGGGUGAGAAGACACCUUCAGCCCGCGUGGGACCUUGCCUACGCAUGGCUGCGCCAGGAACCGCCGGUUCACCAUCUGGCGCUUCCCUGGCAGGCGCUGCUGGCGCUCAUUACCACGUCAUGGACGUGGGGCUGGAGCAAAGUGACAGGCGUCAUCGCCCUUUCGUGGGGCGGUAUCACCCGCAUCGGAGAGGUGCUAUCAGCGUGCAGGCGGGAUCUAAUCCUCCCAGCUGAUGUUGAAUGGUCCAUCAACUAUGCCCUCCUGCAGAUCGCUGAACCCAAGACGCGAUAUAGAAGUGCAAGACAUCAAAUUGCACGGCUCGAUCAGCCGCAGCUUCUGAAGGUCAUCGAAGUGGCGUUUGGUGGCCUGUUACCUGAGCAGCGGUUGUGGCCCGCCUCGGGCCAAACAAUGAGGCAUCGGUUCCAAAAGCUCCUUCAAGCAAACAGGCUGGAUACUUUACCAGAGGGCAUCAGUCGAGGCAUCGACCUCGGAUCGCUUCGCGCAGGAGGGGCUUCUUGGCUGUUGAUGAGUUCGGAAAAUUCCGAGCUCACUAGAAGAAGGGGCAGAUGGAUCACCUCCAAGGUCAUGGAGGUGUAUGUUGAGGAGGCAUGGUCCGUGCAGUUUCUGCCCCGCCUACCGUCAGAAGUCAAGAAAUUGAUUUGGAAUGGUGCCCAGAUUUUUCCUUGGGCUCUGGAUCUUGUUGUGGCUUGGCACGGCGCCAAGAUCCCGGAGUCAGCAUGGCCUUGUUUGUUCCUCCAGGCCUCGAAAGACUUUGAGUUGAACCACCUGGGUGAGAAGAAGUUGGGUGGUGAAGCCGCUGCCGCGGCUGUGUGUGCAGCUCCAAAAGAACCGUGA